UUUAAAUUAAAAAAAAAAAAAAUUUUAAAAGCCUGAAAAACUACAAUAAAAUUAAUAGAUGAAAAAUCGAUAAAAAUAGAUUGGUUAGAAAUAGAUUGCUUGUAACAGCGUGGAGAAAACAUAGAACGAAACGCUUGAAAGAAAAAGAUUCUGCGCAAUUUUGCGUGUGUUAACUUGGCUUUUUGUUUUCUACAUUAAAACAUAUCACAAUUAUUUGAUGAAUUUUUUCUUUUCUUUUUUUCAUUUUAUUUAUAUAUUUUUUUUUUUGCCAAUACGCUCAUGUCGCAUUGACAGCAUAUAAAUAUUUUUGUAUACAACCAAGUUUUUAUUAACUGAAAAGGCGUGUAAACAAUAAAUACUUAAAUUAGGAGGUGUGUGUGUGUGUCUCAUCGCGGUAAGAAAAAUUCAAAAAUAAACAAAUCCGCAUAAUAUCAAUAUUGCGAUUUGAUUUAGUAAACGAAAACAAUACAAAAAAAAUAAAUAAAUAAAUAAAAUAAUUUAAAAAAAUAUUGGUAAACAAGAACAACUACAACAAAUUAGCAUCAAUCCAUGCGAUUUAUAAUGGGCUCUGAAACAGAAAUAAAUGGCUAUGAUGAAAUUCCAUAUGGUGUUGCUUCCUCACAACCGAUUGAUAUAAACGUUUAUAAUUCAAAUCUUCCCUUAUCCAGUAAUGGCGUUUGCGUCAACAAUAACGGUGACGAUCGCUCAACGAUCCCAUCUUCGCCGGUAACAGCAGUAACAGAAACCGAUUGCGUAUCUUAUGUUCCUGUUUGUAUAAAUGAAAACGAUGUUAUUGAAGGAGCUAAGCAAAUUCUAACAGCAAUUAGAUCACACUGGGACCUAAAGUUUGUUCAAUUUAAGAAAUUCACCGAUGGCAUAACAAACAAAUUGAUUGGGUGUUUUUAUAAUCCUCCAACGUUUUGCUGCAAUAAAAUCGCGUGUACUAAUACCGCAAACGGCUAUCCAGAUGUUGACGAUUUAAAUAAUGUAGUCUUGAUACGGGUGUAUGGGAAUAAAACGGAUUUGCUAAUAGAUCGAGAGAAGGAGAUCGAGAAUAUUAAAUUAUUGCAUUCGUAUCAAUUUGCUCCGUCGUUAUAUGCGACUUUUAAGAACGGUUUAGCUUAUGAAUUUGUACCUGGUGUUACGCUUAAUCCCGAUAAUGUUUUGCAACCGGAAUUGUGGUCUCUAGUUGCUAAACGUAUGGCCGAAAUGCAUCGAAUAGUGAAUGCAAAAGAUACAUCGAUACAACCGAUGCCUAUGCUUUUAAAGAAAAUGGAGCGUUUCUUUGAUUUGGUACCAAGUCGUUUUAGUAAAGCCCAACUGCAUAAAAGACUUGAAGGUACAUUCUUGCCCGUCGAACGUAUGCGCCAGGAAUUCGCACAACUCUAUAAACGAUUGGAGACAUUAAAUUCACCGGUUGUGUUCUCACACAAUGACUUGCUAUUGGGCAAUAUUGUCUAUACUCAAGACUUGCAGAAAGUAACAUUUAUCGACUACGAAUAUGCUGACUAUAAUUUUCAAGCAUUCGAUAUAGGAAAUCAUUUUGCCGAAUUCGCUGGCGUUGACACCGUCGAUUAUACCCGUUAUCCGAAUCGUGAAUUUCAAUUAAAAUGGCUGCGUGUUUAUCUGGAAAAUUAUUUACUAAAAACCGAUAUAACAGUUGACGAAAUUGAAUGUCUGUAUAUGCAAGUUAAUCAAUUUGCAUUGGCAGCUCAUUUCUUCUGGACAAUUUGGUCCUUAGUGCAGGCAGAAUAUUCGACAAUUGAUUUCGAUUAUGCUGAAUAUGCGUUCCUGCGUUACCAAGAGUAUUUGGCUAAAAAGGAUGAAUUUCUUGCUUUAAACUAUCAAAACUAACUAAGUUAUUUAUAGCUCAGAGAUAAAAUAUGUUUACAAAGAGAAACUACGCCAAAGUGUUUAAAUACUUUAGAAGAUAUAUUCAUUCUUCUUAGCAUUUCUCAUAAAGGAUAAGGAACGGUGCUGCGAACUUAUUGCUUUUUUUCUUUAUUUUUUAAUAAAUGUUUUUUUUUUUUUUUUUUUUUUUUCUACUAAUUUUUAAGCAUAUAUAUAUAUAUAUUUUAUCCGCAUUUUAUAUCACUGUUACACAGGUUUUAUUUACUAACUAUCAUAGAAUCAAGAGCAUUCCUUUAAACGAUUUAUAUUACGGAUUUAAAUAUUUACAUAGAACGAGCUCGUUGUUGUGAAAAAUUAUGUCAAUUCAAAAAUAAAAAAUUAUUUUCUUAUAUUUUCGCGCUUUUAUUUUGUUU